AAACUCCAUGUUGACCAAAUGCAGACGAAACCUUCCCUUUAUUUCCUUACUUUCCUAAGCGAAGACUGGAACUGUGGGACUACCUAUUCGGGGUACUAUUUUAUUAAUUUUGUACACAUUUUUUUACUUUUAUUCUGGUGGACUUUAUUGCCACCUGGCACACUUCCUGACGCAUCAUCUUACGUAAUUUUAUCGAGAAUCUCUCUCUCUCUCCCCCUUGUAAUUUUCUCUGUCUAAAUUUCUUCUAAUUUUCUCUCUCUCACCUAGUCACACAGUGAUCACUAGAAAAUUGGAUCAAAAAUCUUUACAAAGUCUUCAGUGUACGUAACUUUUUCUUGAAAUUAUAGUGUCCCAAACUCAUUUCCAACACCUUUAUAUACCCCUCCCUAAUGCAACCGUAAAAAACUUCUUAGCCUCUUCUCUUCUUCACAUCCCCCUUUCUUCGCUUUUAAUCUCUCAGUAUAUUUCUUCAAUCUCUUCUGCCUAGAUUUAGAAACAGUAACAUCUGUUAAAAAAAACUAGAGGGUUUUUUUGAUCGUGGGAUAUCGAUUUAUUGUUUCCUCUUUUGGAUAAUACUGAUAUUUAUGGACAAAGGAUGGGGUGUAACCGUGGAUAAUUCUGAUAAGAUUGGAUUCUUUGGAAACAAGCCGGUUUUCGGAUUCAAUUUGAGUCCUAGAUUGAAUCCCAAUAAGGGCAAUCAUCUUACUAGUACUCCUACUACUACUGUUAGCAUGUUCCCCGGAGCUGCCGAGUUUUUGGCGAAUCAAAACCACCGGAGGCCGGAAGACAGAUUGCAGAGUAAUUCUCCGGCGAGGGACGUUGAAGAGAAGAUGACUGUUUCCGGCGAAGUUGACUUCUUCGCCGAAAGGAGGAGAUGUAAUGAUGUUGUCGUCAAGAAGGAAGAUUCUCACGGUGAACCCGUAACGAAGACUUCUAACACGGUUGUAAAUGUAAGCCCAGAAGAUGACUUUUUCCUCUUUUUUUUCUUUUUUGUGGUUUAACCAAAUAUUGGAAAUAUUAGUAUUUCUUAUUUUGGACCCCAAUGAAUGAUCUCGUUUUUUCUGCCCCUUUUUAGACUGGCCUGCAACUGGUUCUUACUAACACUGGAAGUGAUCAAUCAACGGUAGAUGAUGGGGUUUCAUCUGAGGCUGAAGACAAGAAAGCUAAGGUUGAGCUGGCUCAACUUCAAGAGGAGCUUCAACGUAUGAAUAGUGAAAAUAGAAGGUUGAGAGAAAUGCUAAGUCAAGUUAGCAACAAUUAUGCUGCUCUCCAAAUGCAUCUCAUGGCAAUGAUGCAGCAGCAGCAGCAACAAAAUGCUAGACCCCAAUCCACCCUUGAACAAGAGGUUGGUGAUAGGAAAUCUGAAGAAAAUAGGAACGAAAAUGCAGUAGUUCCAAGGCAAUUCUUGGACUUAGGUCCUAGUUCAACAAAUAAUAAUGAUCAGAUGGAGGAACCAACCAAUUCUUCAUCCGAAGAAAGAACACUUUCCGGGUCACCCCGUAACAACAAUACGGAGCUUUCCAGGAACAAAGGAAUCGGAAGGGAAGAAAGCCCUGAAUCACAAGGUUGGGCACCCAACAAAGUUCCCAAAUUGAACAACGCAUCAAAGGCUGCCAUUGAUCAUGCAGCUGAAGCUACCAUGAGGAAAGCUCGCGUUUCAGUUCGUGCCCGAUCAGAAGCUCCCAUGAUCACUGAUGGAUGUCAAUGGCGUAAGUAUGGACAAAAGAUGGCUAAAGGAAAUCCUUGUCCCCGGGCUUAUUACAGAUGCACCAUGGCUGUUGCUUGUCCAGUCCGCAAACAGGUUCAAAGGUGUGCUGAGGACAGAAGUGUUCUAAUAACAACAUAUGAAGGUACACACAACCACCCACUCCCGCCGGCCGCCAUGGCGAUGGCCUCGACGACCUCGGCCGCGGCCAACAUGCUCCUUUCGGGUUCCAUGUCAAGUGCCGAUCAUGGGCUAAUGAACCCAAAUUUCCUCGCAAGAACCAUAUUGCCUUGCUCCUCAAGCAUGGCAACCAUCUCAGCUUCUGCACCAUUCCCAACCAUCACAUUAGACCUCACUCAAUCUCCCAAUCCAUUACAGCAAUAUCAAAGGCCUUCAACCCCAUUCCAACUCCCCUUCCAAAACCCUCCCCAAAACUUUGCACCAAUGGCUCCGAACCCUUCUCAAAUUCCUCAAGUUAUGGGCCAAGCAUUGUACAACCAGUCCAAGUUUUCGGGGCUCCAAUUAUCCGGCCAAGACAUCGAAGCUGUCGCUGCCCAAUUGCAAAGCCAUGCGGGCCAACAUCCAGCACCACCGAUGCAGCCGGCCGCCGCGGCCGGGCAGCACCAGCCGUCGUUUGCGGAGACCCUCAGCGCGGCCACGGCGGCGUUAACCUCCGACCCUAACUUUACCGCGGUCCUUGCAGCCGCGAUCAGUAAUAUUAUCGGUGGUUCUCAUCCAAGCAACGGAAACAACAAUAAUAACAGUCACCCAAGCCCUUCUACAACUUCUGCAACACCGCCUCAUCAUUUUGGUGGCAAAUAAAUGGAUUCGACAUUUUUUUUAUUUGUUUGGUAUUAAAAUUGUUUUGUUUCUUGAAUAGUUUAUGUUAAUUACUUAGGUUGUUGAUAGUCCCACAUUUACACUAUACACACGGAGUCCCGUUGGGUCGAUGAACAUAGAUAAGCAUGUUCAUAGUACUAUUAAAUUGUUUUUCCAUUUUUUUAGGCCAUGGUCCGAGAGAAAAAAGAGGUUUAGCCUUUUAGGACAUAAAUAUUUUUCAUUGUUACCUUUUUUGUUUAUGUAUUUCUGUGGUAAUAAUCUUGUUCGGAGUACUUCAGUAAAUACAUGAAAACAAGCCAAAGAGCCAAGAAUUUGAUAUAUGCAAGUUUCAUUUGUCUUACACACUUUCA